UUUCUUCAUCAAGUUGGGUGUGAUGUGCAAUGAUCACCAGUCGUCUGUUUUGUAAAAACAGAGAGUACAUUUUUUUGUGAUAGCUAUUGUACAUAAGUUUUUUUCCAGUCAUUCAGAAAGGUUAUGUUGUUUUAAUGAGUGUGUAAUGCAAAUUAUAUUUUAACUUACUGAAUCUGUGAAUACUUGUGUUUCUACGCAACAACUUCGAUUCUACCAGGUUUGGAUAAUGGACAGUCUUGUGAUGGAAGACCACAUCAAAUAUGAAGCAGAGGAGUCCGAACAAUUAACAGAUCACGUUUGGGAAGAGGUGAUAAUCGAGGAUGGUGACGUGCCAGCCUGGACUCAAGAUGUUGAGAUGGAAGAUGAUGCAAGUGCUGAUGUCACCAUGGAAUCAACUGCGUCUGAGAGCACUGUGUCAUCAGCAGUGGCCGUAAAUCCGAUGACAGGAGAGGUAAAGGCCACCUCUGAGACCAUAGAGACACUGGUGGAAUCUGAACUGGAACCGCAAGCAGAACCACAAAUAGAACCUGAUCCUGAGCCUGAAUUGCAUCCAAUACAGCCAAUAGUGACCAGUGUUACAAGUCUGGCAAAGCCAAUGGCCAAGAUAGUGAACUUAAAUAACUUCAAGCUUUUGCCACGUGGGAGCUUUGUCAAUAUUGGUAACAAGAAGAUGAAGCUUGUCACUCUGACAGGGGACAAGAAGUUGAUUGCUGGAAAGGUGGUGACAGUGACUAAUGCAGACAACAAAGUCAUCACUGGCAAAGUUGUCUCUUUGGGCACAGAAAAGAAGAUGAUACCAGCCAAAGUGGUCAGUGUGUCAGGCAACAACACAGCCUCUGGUGGCAUCAUUAACAAUAAGGUUGUUCCGGCUAAGGUGGUCAGUAUUGCAAACUCCAAACUCAAGCCAAUCAGUGCGGGCAACAACAAGGAGGUGACAAUCUACAUCACAGGACUCGCUGGAGAUAAAGUGCAGAUAAGGGACUCUGGGCAGCUGACUACCAAACUUCAAAUAGGGAGUAAGGUGCAUGUUGUGCAGAAAGAAGCAGCAGAAGCUGAUACCUGGAAGUCGGACCACAUUGAUGCCUGUCUGCCACUGGAUCCCUCCGUUGAGGAAUCAGAAAUGAUUACUCCUGAUACUGAGGCAGCAGAAGGACAUUUCCUGUUGGAAGGGGCGCAGAACUUUGAUGGUGUCAAUCUGACGUGUCAUAUUUGUGAGCGACAGUUCACACAACUCAAGUACCUUCUGAGCCACCAACAAACGCACAUCCUUUCAGAGCCGGUGAGCUGCGACCAGUGCGACAAGCACUUUAAGCGACGGUACGACUUGUUGCGACACAAGCGACGGUCGCAUGCAGACAACGCAGUGUACGAGUGUGACAUCUGCCAUAAAACCUUCAAUGAUCGAACAGUGGCCAGCAAGCAUCGACUGAUCCAUACUGAUGACUUCAAGUAUUGCUGUGAGGUCUGUAACCGGCCAUUCAAGUACGUACAUGACCUGAAACGCCACCGGAGCAUCCACUUUGAUGAGAAACCUUUUGACUGUGAGAUCUGUGGCAAAAAGUUUAAGCAUAAGAGCAAUUUGAAGACCCAUCAGGCGACCCACUACUCGACGAAACCAUACUCAUGCACACUGUGUGACAAACGGUUCCACCAGAAGGGUAAUCUGAAGACACAUCUUAUAGUCCACACGGGGGAGAUGCCAUUUGUCUGCAACAUCUGCACGAAGAGGUUUCACACGAGGAGUGGUCUCUUGAACCACUCGUAUAGUCACAGUGAUGAAAAACCAUUCCAGUGUGAUAUCUGUGAGAAGGCGUUCAACUGGAAGAGUGGUCUGCUGACACACCAGCAGACGCACAGGCCACGCAUCGUCCCUGAGGAGGUGCAGGUCAUUGAGAUAGGUCCCAUUCCUGUUGACAACUAACCCCACACUUGUCACUGAUCUGGGUCUGCUUAUGUAAAUAUCGCAUCAGCUGGUAGACUUUUGUAUCUGUAAGUAAACUGUCAUUAGCGUUCCUUAAUUAAUUGUUAGAGAGAAUCUACAAACUACACCAGCUAAUAAAUAUUACAACUGAAUUUAUGUUGUGUAGGUUUUAUAUUUGUUAUGUAUAUUUUGUAAGUUGGGAAGUUGAAAUUUUCAGGCAAUAGAGCAUAUAUAUAUAUAUAUAUAAAUUUGGUUUUUCUUAUUUUUUGAAAUAAUUCUCAAACAUUUAACAUAGUUCUACCAAUCAGAAAUUGGUACAUAUAGUGAAGCUUCAGAAUACUGGUAAUGCUCCAAAACAUUAGUACAAAGAAAUACCCAUUCAUCUCACAUUAAAAACAUGUCAGUAUAUAGAAGUAAAAGUGAGUUGUGUAUGUUUUUACGUUGUAAUGCUCCUUUAAUUUCAGUUUGAUCUAUUCUAAGUGUUGAUAUGAAAAAGUGUUUUAGAAAUCUAAAUGUUGAAGGAAAACACCUCUUUGAAAACUUGGUAUUUUAAUUUCACAAAAUUGAGAAGUGUUCUUCAAAAUUCAUUCUGUACAUCAAGGAGUAUUUUAGUAAAUAGUUGCUGGGAUAAAUUGAAAUUUAUAUUAACUGCUAAAACCCUAAAUAUAAGUUUCUUUUCCUUAGAAUUACAAACAUAAACUAUUUUUUCAGCCUUUAUAUAGGUAAAGGUUUUUAUAUCUUGCUUUUCUGAUGAAUUAUUAGUACCUCUAUGAUUUUGUGUUGAACUAAAGAUAACAUUUAACAUAAUUGUUAUCAUGUAAUAUAAAUUAAAUAUCCUAGAGUGGUUUCAAAUAAUAAAUUUAUGUUUUUAAUCUUCAUAUGUACCUGUAUCAAACAAAAAUUAGUGUUCAAACUAACCUUCCAUAUGUACUUUAUCUCCUGUACUAAUUAUAGGGAAAAGUGCUGUAGCUUUCAGAAGAAUUCAAUUUAUGUUUUCUGUAGAAAUAUCUAUUUUGACUUGCCUUGAGAAUAUAAAAGGCAAAUAUGUGAAAAAAUGGUUAAGAAAAUUUAUUUGUAAUUGUGCAUGUAUGAAUCACCAAACAAAUAAACUGAUUUAAACUAAAUUUGACAUGCAGAUGUAGUAAAAUUUGUGUAUAUCAAGCAAUGUUUUAGUGUCUUAAAAACUCUAUAAAGGUCCUAGUUAUAUUUUCUGAAACUGUUCACUGUUAGCUCAUUAGAUAGUGUACAAAAUGUCACCAUCUAUAUUUGUAGAAACAUUCUUCAAAAUGUAAUGAAAGGUAAAUUUUUAAUUGUAGGUUCAUUACAGUUUUGAAUAUAAUGUGGCCAUAUAUAUUUGGUUGAAUUGUCAUGCAAUUUACAAGGGCUGUCCAGAAAGUAACAGACAUUGUGUGAGGGUGGUCAGCACCAUACAGCUGUGGUAGUAGUUUGCAGACUGUGCCACUCCUUCUUUGCUACCUGUAAUGGUACUGUACUUGUUACUUGUGUUCAGCAAUUAAGUUGUUGUUUGAAAAAAAUCACGAAGCCAUUGAAAUUUAUCACAGACUAAAAUAAACAAUAAUUGAUAACUCAUUUUAUGCAUGAAAUUAUAUUGGAAAAUAUUUUAUACUGACGUGGAAGUGCUUACAGAUGGAAACAAUCUGUUGAAAAAGCAACACCAGAUUUAUACAGAGGCAGUAUUGAAAAACUUAUGUAACAGUAUAAUAAGUGUUUUAAUUUGAAUUUCAUUAUGUAGAAAAAUAUCGUUCAACUGUAUAAAAUUUUGUUUAUCAUUUGUUACCAGAAUGUAUGUUACCAUUUGGAUAGUCCUUGUAUUAUGAUUUAAUGUAAAAUAUCAUGAUUUAUUUGUUAAGAAAUAGUAUUUUUAAGCCGUAGUAAUUUUGCUUAUGGUUAAAAAUGUAAUAAACUGUAUAAAUAUUAACUGUAAAAGUUAAUUUCAAUUUUGUGUAAAAAAAGCGUAUGAAGCUACAGGGACCCUAUGUAGACUUGUGAACUCUGAAGUAGUAUGAAAACAAUAACCAUUCAAAAACAGUGAUUUCCAUUAACAUCUGUAAUUGGAAAUAAUUUGUAGUAUGCAAUAGUAAACCAUACAGAGUUAUCCAUAUUAACUGUAAAUCUGCUGCAGGAGUUAGUAUAAUUUAAUUUCCUAUUGUAUGGUUAAAUUUCAUAAAAUAUUUAUCCUGAUUUCAUAACUUUUACUAAAUAAAAAAAACAUCCUUUAAUUGUUUAUACUAAUUCUUACAAAAUAAAUAUUGAAUAGUCAAACAUUUUGGAAUGUUGCCUUGUAGUUCAGAGGUGACAAGAGUAUUUUACUUUUCUAAUGAAAUAUAUUGCUACGGUAUUUAAGUUAAUAAACCACUGAACUGAACCAAUUUUCAGUAGUUUUUUGUUUAACAAUUUUGUCAUUUAGUAUUUCAUCCAUAAUUGUAUGCAUAUUUUGGAUUUCUAAGAAACAACUUUUAAAAUUUAUUUAGAUGUAUGCAUUUUGUUACAAAGAAUCAUUUUAUUGAUAGAAAUGACUAUUGCUUAUUAUCUUUACAUUAUUCAAGUAGUACUGGUAUUAAAGUAUAACCUUUUGUGGUAGUUCUGUUAUGGAUCCACUUUGUGAUUGUAGAUUUGCUAAAAAGUACACACUGAAAAAGUACUGGUGUGAAACCCUUUAGAAAGUUCAACAUUUCAUUUACAAUUUCUAGCAAAAAUAAAGAUAGAAGGAAACAAGGUUAUUGAGUUGCUUCCUGUUCAGUUUUUAUUGAUAAUAACUGCUUAAAGAAGUUUUCUUGUGAUUAUAUUUCUUCCACAAACUUUAUUCUAACAAUAUCUUCUGUGAGAACUAAGGGUCUCAAGUAAAUAUCAUGGGAUACCGUAAAUAUUAUCUUUUUAUUUGAAUACCAACUUUACAUAAAAAUAUUGAUUUUAUUGAAGUGAUAAAUGUGUUGUCAUCAAACAGCCGCCUUGAGGGGAUUUCACAUUCAAAAUGUCAGUAUAAUAGGACAAUAUCUCUUGUUGAAACUGUAAUGUUCAUGUCAAAAUGUUUUGAGAUUUUAUGUUUCAAAAUUUUUGUGAAAAUGAUUUUAAAUUAAUCAAAAGUAUAUUUUGGAAUCAAGGUGAAAUGUGGGUAAAGUAUCUGAUGAUAAGCUUAUUAAUACCUCUUGCAUGGCUUGUUUAAAAAACGUUUUUGACGUUGUUAGCAUCGCAAACAAUAAAAAACAAUGAAAAAGGGAUAAUAAUGAGACAGGAAAGGAAUAUAUGCUAUUUUAGAGGUGGGGGCGGAUAUCCAAAACCUCUAGUAGUCAUUUUAUUCUAUGUAGACAAACCCAUAUAGCUGCUUUGGAGAACACUGGUGGUAUUUAGGAACACAUUUUCAGUGGGUGAAGAGAAACCCUCAAAGUAAUUAAUAUUUACUAUUGUAAGCUAAUAAUAUUAGAGUUUGUUUUAUAAAUCCGACUACAUGGUUCAUUGUUCAGUUUGUCACAAUGUGAUUGGUGACUUCUGUCCAAGACAGUAAUGAUCUCUGUAGAGAUAAUAUAGAUGUCCUAAUCAGGUCCCAGCAUACUGCCAAACCUGGAUGGUACAUAGCAUUCACCGCCAUAGUUUACCAAACCGUUUUUCUCUCAACUAUAAUAUUCAUUCUUUGUCAACUUGCUCUGUGAACAUCCUGCCUGUUCCUUGGUCCAAUGUUUGUCUCCAACCUGAAUCUCCUACUGUACAACCAUCCUUCCUUCAUUGUUUUUGUAUGAUUAGGUGACUUCAUUGGAUCCCUUUCCUUAUUUGUCAAUGAUCUUUAUACACUGUAGACCAAUUCUGUUUUAAACCUAAUUCUGUUUCUUAUUCGGUUUCUGGCCAUGCGCUGCUUCUCACAUAUUUUAUUUCAUUUGCAUUAACUCUUUUCUUUCGCUUUCCUUAGGCCUGUAGCUGUAAUACUUAUAGGCAUAUCCAGACAUGAUACAUAGUAAGUUGUGUUCUAUACUCAGCUUCUUGGCAGUUUUCCUGUAAUGCGCUGCUCAAAGUUAAAAACAUUUCUAUUGUAUUAGUUGUUCUUGUUGGCAAUAUGGAAAUUGAAAUAUUGCUGAGUAACACGAAGUUAAAUAAAAUUUAUACUGUUAUAUUUUGUCAUGUGCAUCAUAGAAACGUUAACAAAAUAUGAUUGAGCAUGUCUGUGCCAAGCCAUCAUACAGUCUACGAAAUAUAAUUUAUAUCAACAAUAUACAAUGAGAAAUUAUUUUUUUAACAAUUAAAAACAGGUUAUACAUAUCAUUAUGCCUAAUGUUUAAUGUUUAAAAAUCAUAAUGAAUCAACAAAGUGUUUUAAUUUGUUGCUCCCAGAGGAAAGAACUUUAAGAGGAUUGAAAUUUUUCACCUACUGGAAAAUUUAAAAUGGUAAUAGAUUCCUGGGUAUUUUUUUUAUAGUCUUGAACAUGUUAGUGAUUUCUUGAAAAAUUUGUUAGAGUGUUACAAACGACUGCUUAAAAAAAUGUUAACAAUUUCUAUAUGGCCUACAAGAAUAAAGUGAUUGGAACAAUUACAAACUUGGGAAAGCCAGUGGCCUAUGUUUGAGUUAGAGAUAUCACAGGUUUAAAUCUUGUCUGUGGUUCUAAUACUUUUCAUCAGUAGUGUUGAUCUUGAACUGUAGCAUUUCUUCCUUUUUAUUUUAUUUGGUAAGAUCCUCACACAAAUCUGUGGUCUAUGAGGACAGGUAGAAUCAUCUUAAAUAGACGACCAGCCUCUCAGUUAUCUAAGAAAAAUAAACUUCACAACCCACAAGGUUCAAAAGUCAAAUACAGUUAUAGCUUUAUGUCAUGUGACAGCUGACAUCCGAUUAGCUCACAUAUUUAUUGGACUAAAUUUGUAUAUCCAAAUUUUGCAGCAUCAAACUUGAUCCUGUGGAUCUAUUCCUCCUCUACUCACCUAUAAUGUUCUGGAUCUAUUGUUUAUGUCAGAAUGGAUUAAAUUAUUAUAUAUUAGUAAUAACAGAAAAAUAAGACAUAUGUUUAAGUGAAAUUUAGCUACUUAUAAUUUUUAAUGUUACAUAAAAUGUUGUUUUAUAGUGAUAUAGAAUAUAAACUGUUUUCUUUUAUAUUGUCAGUAUUUAUGUUUUUAUCUAUAAAAAAUAUGAGAAUAACUUACUCAAACAAUUAGUAGUAAUACAUGUUUAUUUAUUAUUAUUUUAUUGUAAUAUAAAAAUUAUGUGAUUUUUAUGUAGAGAGUUUAUCUGAACCAUUUAUGGGUCUGGAUUGUAUAUAUUUUUGCUGCAUGGAUAGCAAGUUAGUUGUGUUAUAAACUGAUUAUUAUAUGGUUAGUCGUAAUAAUUAUUUUUAGUUAUUGUUAUAUUAAUAAUAAAAUUCUUGUUAAUUAUCUGAUGCACAGUUUUUUUUGCUGCUUGUAUGUGUUAGCUCCAUGAACCAAUCUUUCGGAUAUUAUAUAAAACUGAAUAUUUUUAUUCUUUUAAUAGUUAUUCUUUUCUCACAUGUCCUAUGACAAUUGCAUUAUUUAUUCAGAAGGAUUAAACAUUAAUAUAUUCCAUAUAUAAAUGAAUAAAUAUAAAACUGUAUUGUUUAUUCUUCUGCUUAAGUAAUUUUUAUUCAAUCUUACCUCUUAACAUUAUCCUUAGAAUUCGUAUAUUUCUAUGUUUGUUGGUUUGAUAUAUUUAAUCCUGUUCAAAUUAGGGUUGGAGAAAGUCAGAACAGGAUAAUUUGCAGGUAGGAUAAUUUAAAAAAUAAUCCAUGAGUUUUCAGUUAGUUUUUUUGAACAAACUGUUUUUAGUAACAAAUAACAAAUUUGUAUUCUAUUUAACGAUUUAUAACUGAGUAACCUGAAUAUAAACUAUGGAGCUACCACAAUAUAUAGUUUUCAGCAGAUGGUUUUUAAGCCUUUAAAUAGUCUGAUAAUAAUUGUAGCCUUGGUUAUGAAAAGUUAAUAUAUUGUAUUUUCUCACAAAAAUUAUCCACAUUUCUGAGAUGGUGGAUAAAAAACAAAAAAAUGUAUUGUUGGUAAGUACUCACUGAACACAUUUUGUACCAUUUGUUACCAUCUGUAUGAAUUUUCUUUAUGUAAUUAAAAAAUAUGUGUACAGCC